AUGGUGAGCGUGGUAUCCAAAAUGUUCAAGGUGGGAGUUCCAUCGGCUGCUGUUGCCGUUGGAGUUCUGCUGCUCGGCGAUGACGAGAGAAGAGACUCGCUGUUCCGUCGAGCAUCCGCCUUCACUACUAACAAUCACGCCAAAUCAUUUGAUGAGCAUUUCCCGCGAGGAGAAUGGAACAAAAACUGGGACUUGUGAGUGGCAGCCGAUUGACCCAUUCUAACCCAUUUAAAAUUGCAGCCGGGAUCCGAUGAGCUUGAUUGACGUGCGGAAAUGGGAAAGUGCGGAUGAGGAAGGCCGUAAGAAGCUGAUCGAGGCGAAUAAGGCGACUGCUGUGAGGAACAUUUUUUUGAUCCGACACGGGCAGUACCAUAUGAAUCGAGAUGUAAAGAGUCUGACCCCGCUUGGUAAUUAGACAACAUCAAAUCAAAUAAUCAAAGAUAAACACAGGACGUGAGCAAGCGGAACUUCUCGGAAAGAGGCUGGCCACUGCGGACAUCAAAUUUACCAAUCUGACAAUGUCGACGAUGGUGCGUGCCACGGAGACUGCUAACAUCAUUCUGGGUCACCUGCCGGCAGAUUUGCCACGUUCUUCUUCGUCGCUAAUCGAAGAAGGACCACCGUAUCCACCAAUUCCUGACCACAAAGGAUGGAGGCCACAGCAUCCGGUAUGUUGUCCUUUCACAUUUUCGAAAAGAUCUCACUGCGGGGCUAUAAAUUCAUCUUGAGGAGUUCUACACGGAAGCCGCUCGCAUCGAGUCCGCAUUCCGCAAAAUCUUCCAUCGUGCUCUUCCGUCGCAAAAAGAGGAUUCGUAUGAAUUGAUCGUCUGCCAUGCCAACGUCAUCCGCUACUUCAUCUGCAGAGCGUUGCAGUUCCCACCAGAAGGCUGGCUCCGCAUGUCGCUCGGAAACUGCUCACUUACUUGGAUUGUGAUUCGCCCGGGAGGAAGCGUGUCCGUUCGUUCGAUCGGAGACAUUGGGCACCUCUCGCCAAACAAAAUCUCCUUCACUUGA